AUGGCGCAGCCGUUCAUUCUGGCGGCGGCGCUAGGGGCGAUCGGGUUAGGAGCGUUGGCUUUACACGCGUUUCAGAGACAUCCGAGAGCGGCGACGUGGGGAAUGAUCUACGCGAAGGCCGGUUCGUUGUUCGCGAUGUCCAUCGCGCUCGCGAGUGCGGGGGCGAUCGUUCCUUGUGUGAUCUUCGCGUUGUUGGGUGGGUUCUUUUUGUAUUGGAUGCAAAGGACGAGCGAAAGGGUGGAGCUCGUGGCGAAACUGUUGGGCGCAGCGAGCGCUUCGUUGAAGGACAACCCGCACUUGAUCACCACGAGUCUCAUCGCGGGCGCGGGCGUGGUCACUUCUAUAAUCGUGUUCUUCUUCUGUAUCUUCGCCGCGUUUGAGAAC